AUGAUGAAGAGCAGGUAUGUAACGGUCUAUCCGUUGCGAAAGAAGAGCGACGUUGCGAGUGCGUUCAAGCGGUUUUACCAAGAUGUCAAGACAGCAUCUGGAACGAAGAUAAAGGUGUUGCGAAGUGACAACGGCGGCGAAUACCGGAACGAAACGAUGAACAGCUUUUGCAAGGCAAAGUUCAUUAAGCAAGAGUUCACGGUUCCGUACAAUCCAGAGCAGAACGGGAUGGCGGAGCGGAUGAACCGCACGCUGGUGGAGAUGACGCGCUGUAUGCUCAAGGAAAGCGGCCUCGACAAGUCCUAUUGGUGCGAGGCACUAAUGACAGCGGCAGACAUCAGAAACAUUCUGCCGAAUGCGUCGAACAAGAACUCAAGCCCACACGAAAUGGUGUUCAAGAAGGUUCCGCGCAUCGAUCACAUGCGCGUGUUUGGUGCGCAAUGCUAUGCGCAUGUGGCGAAGGAGAAGAGAAAGAAGCUGGACGACCCAGGCGUGCGAUGUUUCUUUCUCGGCUAUGCGAAGGACCAAAAGGCGUAUCGGCUUCUCAACGCGGACGAUGGCUCAAUCGUGAUUUCAAGAAGCGUCACGUUCGCUGAGCAUUCUGUCUCGAAAGCAUCAAAAAGCAGAGACACGCGGGUGUUCGAUGUCAUUGAAGAAGAGGAAAGUGUGGAGGCGUCGUUACCCGAUGAUGAAGACAUACCAGCGCCGGUGACCGAAGAAGAGCUGCGCACCCCACCACUUCGAGCGCAGAACAGCUCUCAUCACGGACCAAGUGUUCGACCAAGCGACACCAUUCCUACGCGCGCAUCCAGCACACCCGGAAGAAAUGGAGAAGAAGAGUGGAUGGUGCGACCGGUUCGAAAGAAGCGCGGCGUGGUUCGCUACGAUCAAGAAUUUCCAAGCCAUCGUCGCGGUCACUUCAAUUUGGACGACUACGAAGGUGACUUCGACUCUUUCUACUGUUUCUCGGCUGAAGAAGAUGGGGAACAAGCGUCCAGCUAUCAAGAAGUGAUGAAGAGCGGCUACAAGGAGCAGUGGCUCCAGGCAAUGAAGAGCGAGAUGAAGUCGCUUGAAGAACACAGCACAUGGAAGCUAGUAAAAAUGCCACCGGGCAAGAAGGCCGUAGGCUGCAAGUGGGUCUUCAAGAUUAAACGCGAUCCAAGUGGCGAGAUAAUCAAGUUCAAGGCACGCUUGGUUGCGAAAGGGUUCACGCAGCGUCCUGGCAUCGACUACAACGAGACCUUUGCACCAGUGGCGCGCAAGGAAUCUAUCAACACAGUGUUGGCGAUCGCUGCAGCUGAAGACCUGGAAGCAGAGAACGUUGAUGUCGACACAGCGUUUCUCAACGGCGAAGUGGAAGAGGAGAUCUACAUGGACCAACCUGACGGUUUUGAAGAUGAAGGAAGCCCGAAUAAGAAGUGUUUGCUGCAGAAGGCGCUAUACGGGACGAAGCAAGCGGCGCGGCAGUGGAACAACAAGUUGAGUCAGCACUUGGUUGAUCAAGGAUUCAAGAGCAGUACAGCGGACCCGUGUGUGUUCGUUCGAGUGAAAAGAGAGGAGUACAGCAUCAUCGUGAUCUACGUGGACGACUUGAUGAUUUUCUGCAAGACGAAGGAGCACAUCGCAAGUAUCAAGAACUCAUUGAUGGAAGAUUUCAGCAUUAAAGAUCUUGGAGAUCUCAAGUACUGCCUCGGGAUCGAGAUUCAUCGCAAGCGCGAAGAUGGAACGAUCAAGAUGAACCAGAAGGCGUACAUCAAGCGACUUUCGGAGAAGUUCGGCGUUGAGAACUGCAAGGACAUGCACACGCCGGCGGACAGUAAUUCGAAGCUGAUCAAGAUGGGUCAAGAGGAAGCGUUUGUACCAAAGUACCCAUACCGUGAGCUGGUGGGCGCUUUAAUGUACAUCGCCACAUGUACACGACCGGACAUUGCGCAUGCGGUUGGCGAAGUUGCGAAGUUUUGCGAGCGCUACGACAAGUCGCAUUGGACAGCAGCAAAGCGGAUUCUCAAGCAUCUCAAGACGACUCAAGACUUAAGCAUCGUGUUCAGCGGCAUCAACAAGGGAGAGCUUAUUGGAUUUGCAGAUGCAAACUGGGCUGGCGACCUCGACACGCGGCGUUCGACAACAGGAUACGUUUUCUUCCUGAACGGAAGCGUGAUAUCGUGGAAUUCGAAGCGUCAACCAACGGUCGCGACCUCAAGUACGGAAGCAGAGUACAUGAGUCUGUACAGCGCGACGCAGGAAGCAAUUUGGCUUCGAGGUCUGCUCAAGGACCUGAACUACUGUGCCAAGAACGCGACGACGAUUUUUCAAGACAAUCAAGGAUGCAUCGCGCUGGCCAAGAAUCCUGUGUACCACCUCGCGCACGAAGCACAUCGACAUCAAGUUUCACUUUUUGCGUGA